CGUUUAUUCGCUUGUAUUCUUUGAAAAGUUGCAAGCGCCGUUACUUCACCGAAGCGGCAGAAUUGAAUUAAGAAAUAAAAUAAAAAUAAAGAAAAACUCACAUUUAAGGAAGAAAAAAAGACACCUGGUGUUUGUAGAUAAAUACUAAGGAAUUUACACAGAAAUCACAAAAAAUUAAGAAACAUGAGUUUGACAUAAAAUUAGCUUAAAGAAUCAACCAAAAAAUAAAAUUAAAAAAGUGGACAAAUUAAAUUAAUUUCCUUAGAAAAUAUAUAAAGCCGCCUUCAAAGAGAUAAAUUGAGAAGAAAAAAGUAGGAUUUUAAUACAAAAAAGUAUAAAUAUUAAAAAAAGAAUCCUCUUUUUGUUGUUUGUGAAGAAGAACGAGUUAAUUGCAUACAACACAAACCAAAAGAAAAUAAUUUUUUAAAAUGGCGCCCACAAAGAGUACCCGUGCAGUUUCCAAACAAUCAGUGGCCACCUCCACCUUGACGACACUGAUGCCCCUGGCACGCAAAGGCCUGACUAGGCGUACGGCCAGCAAUGUUCAGGAUCAAAAUAUCGAUGUGAUGCAAACACGGGCUAAACGCAAAGCUGAACAUAGUCCACAGAAAAAUGACAAAAUUAAGCGUUCUGCUUUGGGAAAUCUCACGAAUAACGUUAACAACAAUAACAAAUUGACGCUUUUGCAUACCGAAGAAGAUGCCAAACAGCAACAGCAACAAAUGAUGAAAAAGAAAGAUUUGGUACAAAAUCUAUUUGGACAACAAAAUGCUGCAGCAGUACAAUUAUUGAAAGAAACUCAAAAUCUCAUACUUCAACAGGCGUCAACAGCACAGGGAACACAACAAAAGCCGACCGCUCCUCUGGCUACUAAAAUAGCAACAAGAGCAUCCACGCGCAACCAUAAAGAUGCCAACAUAACCUCAAAAGCACCCUUGGAGGAACAGACUAACAAGCUUUUAACCAACUGUCAAGCGGCUAAAACAAAAGUUAAAACAGAUGAGCCACCAGCAGCUCCGUUGCCACCACUGCAACAUCAUCAGGUACAGAAAGUGCCUAAUAAACCUGUACGUCGUAUUUCCAAUGAAUUUAAUAAGACUGAAGAAUCCCUGUACAUGUCAGCUUUGGAAGACAUUUCUGGCUGCGAUUCCAUGCGCUUGUCAGCAAAUUUCGAGGCUGCGAAGCGGAGAUCAAUUGUACUGCAACAAAAUAAAACAGAUGAUUCAAAACUCGAAGACGAAAAAGCUGUAGAUGAAGCUGAGCAGCUGCCAGAGGGUGUAGAAGACAUAGACAAGGCAAACUGGAAUGACUUGUUCUUAGUGUCACACUAUGCUCGUGACAUUUUCAAUUACCUGAAACAACGUGAAUCGGAGUUUCCCAUAGACGACUAUAUGGAACGUCAGGUUCACAUUUCGACGUGGAUGCGUUCUCUGCUGGUCGACUGGAUGGUUGAAGUUCAAGAAACUUUCGAACUCAAUCACGAAACAUUGUAUUUAGCCGUCAAGAUAGUAGAUCUAUUUCUAUGUAAAGAACAAAUUAGCAAAGAUAAAUUACAACUUUUAGGCGCUGCCGCUCUCUUUAUAGCAUGUAAAUUCGACGAACGGACCCCACCCUUGGUAGAGGACUUCCUAUACAUCUGCGAUGGGGCCUACAAACACGAUGAACUUAUUGAAAUGGAAAUCAUAACACUCAAAACCAUACAAUACGAUUUGGGUAUACCGCUGUCGUACCGUUUCCUCAGACGUUAUGCCCGCUGUGCCAAAACUCAAAUGCCCACCUUAACUUUAGCCCGUUAUAUUUUAGAAUUAUCCCUGAUGGAUUAUGACUGCAUUACGUUGAGUGAUUCGAAGAUGGCUUGUGCUGCUCUCUUUAUGGCUUUACGUUUACACGGCGAGGCGAAACCCUGGUCACCCACACUCAUCCACUAUACAGGCUAUCAACUACAAGAUUUCGCCGAGAUAGUGCCAAUACUUAAUGCUGGAUUACACCGUAAGCCCAAGGGUACCAUUAAAACUAUAAGAAGUAAAUAUUCCCAUAAAAUAUUCCAUGAAGUAGCUAAGGUUCCUCUAAUGACUACAGAGCAAUUAUUUGCAAAUAAUUUAGAUUUCGAUUUAAGUUUAACAACGCCUGAACAACAAAAGUUGCAAAAGCAACAACAACAAAGUGGUAGUAGUAGUAGUGGGGAUAAGAAAACAUAAGCACAAGAUAUACAAAUAAUUGAUAAAAUUAAACAAAAUAGAGGAGAGUUAAAAGGAAGGGAAUACAUACAGUAUGUGAGGGAAGACAAACCUUAAUUACUAAAACUUUCUUAAUAUUUCCAAAUUUCUAUAUUUUGAUUAGAGCAACAAAAGUUAGAAUUUUAAUUAAGAAUCAAGUUUUAAAUAUGCAAUUGUUUAAAGUGUUUACUCUUCUUCGAAAUUUUUUUGUCAAAGGAAGAAUAAAUUCCGUUUAAUUUUCAAGUUAAAUGUGUUAAAAUUGGGCGAAAUUGUUUAAAUUUGUUUUUUUUUCUUUAACAAAUUAUAAGCCUUUUAAAUCUAAUUAAAUUUGUCAUAUUUAGAAAAGGCUCAUGUAUAAUUUUGCUCUUUAACUAAACAGUCUCUUUUGUAAAUUACUUUUUUGAGCAUUGUUUGGUUUCAUGAUACAACCAUAGAUUAUUGUUUUAUUAUGGUUUGGUUUUAGAUAAAUUUUUUUAAAUUGUUCAAAAAUUUGUUGCUUUAUUUUGUUUUACUACUUGUUUAUUAAGAAAUUUGUUAUCCCUACGAUUAUUUCCUUCCUUUUUUCAACAACAUAUAAGAAUCUAACUAAAAAUCCCCUUUUAAAAUUUUAACCGUCAGCCACUACUUAAAUUAGCUAAAAAUGUUUUAAUAUCUUUCUAAUACUUGUUCUUUUUCAGAAUUAUUGUUUAUUUUUUUAAGCAAUUUAUUUAUAUUUAAUACUAUAUAAUUUAUAAACUUUUGUUUUCUUAAAAAAAAAAACUCUCCCAAACCAACAUCAAAUACCAAAAUUGACAUAAACUAAACUAAAACAAAAAAUACCACUUCAUAUAGACAAAUUAAAGCAAAAACUACCAAAA